AAUGAAUAAUUUUGUUUCUUUUUUGCACAUAUUUUUAUUAUUUGUUAUUAUUAUUAUUAUGUACUUUUUAUUGCUAUGUGUAAAUGAGAUUGUGUUUGACGCCGUUUGAUUCUUGGUCGGACCAAUUUACUAAACGAUUUUUUUCUGAAAUGACUCGAGUUUAAAUGUUCUGGAUUGUGCUUCAGAUUUUAGUUGCUUGGUUUCCCAUAACAUAGGAUUUGAGUUAAAUUUGGUACACGGGUAGAUUAAAACAAUAAUUUUAUACACUGAUACAGACUAUUACGAAGACUUGGGAUACAGCUUAUUAUCAACAAUAUUAGCCUUUCACCACGGCGUUCACUUGAAUCGGCCUUAGACAAUUCAAGUUCGUGGUUGUGUUUCACUCAUUCAUUCCCUCACUCUGCUAGAGAAUGCUGCUAAAACUUUCAGUUAUUUCAUUUUUUCACUCGCUCAACAACUUGUCGACUGUCGGUUUUGUUACUUACUAGUUUAUUUUGUUAAGUUACUAAUGUCUUAAUGUCAGAUUUAGCAGCUUUAUAACAAAUGUUGUAAACAAUAUUUGGACAAAAAAUUUAGCUAAUUUUUAAUUUAUUUUAGUGUAAUAUGUUGAUAUUUAAGUGCGGAAUAGUAACAUUAACGUCAACAUACAUAUUAUCUGUUUGCUUUCAAGUUGCACAAGAUACAAACUCAUUGGACAUUGGCCUUGCUUUUUUGUAUAUUGCCAGCGGAGUAAUAGCUGGCAAAAUCAUUUAUGACAGAUACCAGCAAAUUCAUGUGCUAGGCUCACUAACACCAAAUCCAAAUGUUACUUCAUUUGCAAACAGGAUUGCUUCAUAUUCGGCCUCCUUUGUGUCACUGGGCUUCCUGGUUUAUUUCUUUUUAUUCCUAUUUAAGGUAGAUAACCAUUGCCUCACGGCACUAAGUAUUUUUAUAUGCGGAUUUGGAACUCUAUAUAUAUGGAUGCAGUGCAUCAUAACCACAUAUAUUUCUACACUCUAUUAUGACAAAUAUUUGUCAAUUUUAAGGCAAUGUCUAGCAAACGUGAGCUUCCUUCUACUCGUCAUAAUGGCAAUUUUUGGAACUGUCACUUCUUUUUUACCUAGAAGUGGCACCAGUGGCGUUUACUUUUGUCUUCUUAUCACUUCCCUGUGUAGUUAUGUACUGGCAGCAAUAUUUUGUAUAUUUAUAUUAUCAUUUGAAAAGGAUUAUCAGUAUUUUUCCGAAGGACUGAGAUCGGAAUUCCUUCUUGAUGAUGCAUGCUCUUUAAAUACUGCAUCAUUAACAGAUGUGAAUAGUCUAUACGGGACCCAAGAGUUGAACUCGAACACAAUUGUUAUAAAGGGUAAUGUCAGCUGUGGUAAGAUCUCUUGACCAGAGGCC